UAUAUAAAUUAACCCUAAAAAAUGUUUCAUCCCUAAUAAUUUCAAUUUCAUAAUCCUUUUCUUAAUCGAAAACACAAUCAUUUUGCUCCAUAAAUUUGGAAGUGUGAUUGUGUGAUUAAGCAUGGGAAGUUGUUGCAGCUGCCAAGUUUCAAUUAUAGACAAGGUGCAUGAUGUUGGAUUUAAUGAAUGUAAAACAAAGGAUCUUGAAUCUACAUGUGAAAAUGGUGAAGGACAGGUUAUGUUGAAGGGAUCUUCUAAGUGUGUAUCAAUGUAUAGCCAAAAGGGUACAAAAGGAGUUAAUCAAGAUGGAAUGACAGUUUGGGAGGACUUUGGCGGAGAAAAAGACACGAUUUUUUGUAGUGUUUUAGAUGGUCAUGGCCCUCUAGGGCACAAAUUUUCAACACAUAUACGUGACAAGUUACCUUCCAAACUUGCUACAACAUUCAAAAUGUCACAACAAAAUGUCUCUAAAGACAAUGGUUCUAAUGCUACAAAGAAAAGCAUUAAUGGUGAUUCAUGGGAAGAACAUUUUUUUAGUUCAUUCAAUGAUAUGGAUCAAGAUCUUGCUAAGAACAUUGACACAGAUGGAUUUUCUGGUGGUAGCACUGCUAUAACUUUAAUUAAAAAGGGUGACCAAUUGAUAAUCGGGAAUUUAGGUGAUUCUCGUGCAGUUCUUUGCACAAAAGCAGAUGACAAUAAUCGUGUUCCUAUUCAACUUACGGUUGACUUAAAUCCUGAUGUUCCAAGUGAAGCUAAUAGAGUGAUUAAAUGUGGAGGUAGAGUUUUUCCAGCGCAAGAAGAUCCUGAUGUAAAUAGAAUCUGGUUGCCUGAAGGUGAUUGUCCGGGACUAGCAAUGACUAGAGCCUUUGGUGACUUUUGCCUAAAAAAGUAUGGCCUCUCCUCAGUUCCUGAGAUGUUUUACAGAAAACUUUCCAAGAAAGAUGAAUUUGUUGUUUUGGCCACUGAUGGGAUAUGGAAUGUGCUAUCAAACAAUGAAGUAAUAACCCUAGUUGCUUUAGCGCCAAAAAGGUCAUUAGCAGCCAAAUUGAUAGUAAGACGUGCUGUUCAAGUUUGGAAACAAAAGUUUCCACGUUACCAUAUUGAUGAUUGUUCAGUCAUAUGUUUAUUCUUCGAUGAUGAUCAUUCGGUUAGUGUGGGAGGAAAGAAAAGGCAUCGCUAGAAGAAUUUGUAUUUCUCUUAACCUAGAAGAGUAGGCCUACAACUGCAAUAGAUUUAGAAGUCUCCGCAUCCAUAUCAGAAUUUGCAUACACAGUAUAACAAUUUUGAGGUCUUCGUCGCCUCUGCAACCACUGUCUCAAUUUAAAACUAUUUCAUGAAAAGAAGAGUGUGCUCGAAUAAAAGGUUGAAAAUUCUUGGA